AUGGGUGAGGUAGUCCUCGAGCUUGCCGGCAACGCACCAUCCCUAACGUCCGCUGGAAAACUUCAAUCAAAAACGUCGGGCGAGAACAACUGCAACAGUUUCCGUGGGGCGCAUCUGUUACAGAGCAACGAAGAGGAAGCGAUAUCACGCUUGAGCUCAGCUAAACCAAAUAUCGUCCGCUUCUACCGGACACUGAUGCUGUCUGGAGCAGGCACCCCGCUGCAGAGAACGGAACCUGCGUACGAUACCACGCCCCGGUGGCACGCUCCGAGAUAUUCCAUUCCCAAGCGGGGGAGCGGCUUUCAACGGGGCUCGGAGCGUAAACCGCGUUCCACUAUACCGUGCUACGCGCAUCAGGGACCCGACAUUGUCUGUGUAUGUGCUGCCUCGCUAAUCAGCGGGAUACGAUCGGGAACCUGUCCCCGUCCACAUGACUGGAUCACAUAG